AUGUCGGCAGGAUUGAUGUCGUGUGUGCGCGAAAACUCGCCACCACUAGAGAACACCAGUGGCGUCGCGGUACAAGUGCAAGACAUACCGAUCACGAUCACCACGCCGGAAACAGCAGCGCCAGCCACCGACACCACCAAGCGGAAACGGUUCCACCCGCUGCGCAAUCUUCGGCGCAUCUUCCGACGGCGUACGGUUUCGUCGGCGGACCGCGCACCGGGCCAGCUCGGGGCCAAAGGCUCCAGCCCCACCCAUAUCCACUUUGCCACCCCACCCGGCUGCUCGACGACCGAUGCCACGCUCCCGCGGACCGGCUUCGGUGUACCGAUCACGAUCCGCAGCGGUGGCGACUCGGCGGCCGGCACCUCGCAGCACCACCACCACCAUUACCACCAGCAGCAGCAGCAGCAGGUGGGAGCGUCGGGCGGCGGCAUCGGAGGGUACUUUAAGCGCGAAACCUACCGGCUCCGCAACUCCGAUGAUCUAGACAAGGAGAUGUCCGACUACCAGCGCAGUCUCAGCGAAGGCCGACUAGUGGACAGUGACAUCAGCCGCGAUGGACUUUCCCAAUCCCACGAUAGCGUCUUCUCGGAGUCAGCCGGAACCGCCAGCAGUCUCUCGAUUACGCUGAAGAACGAACUGGCCGAUGUGCUGCGGAAGCGACGAAAAGAUCGCCAGGGUGAAGUAUCCGACGAAGACCUGGGCCUACCGUUGAGCCCGAUAACGCCGCAGCGCAAGGACCGUGGUAUGAACAAGAGCGAAGGCUCUCUGAGCAUUCUGAGCAUGACCAGCUCGGACCUCGACCUAGACGAACGGUCCACCUCGAACGCCAGUGGGCACAACCUGCUGCACCUCGACUCGUCCGCCUCCGGACACUCGAUCGGGCUCAACCGUUCGGACAACAUGGACGAGAGUGGUGACUCAUCGAAACUGAGCCACUCGGCGGCCAAGCACAAGCUGGCCGUACGGCCCAAGAAGAAGGGACCCACCAGAGCCCGAACUCGCCCGACUCGUGAGACCACACUGCUGCCCGCUACGCCCGAGGUGAACGAAGAUUCACUGAAGCUGUCCACGUGCAACAUCGCCGACCUACCGAAGGGCGAGGCGGAAGAGAAGGCCCACUCGCUGCCGUACGUUGGCGUGAUGCCGAUCGUGAUGACGCCGGCGUCUCCGGGCACCCCAGCAGCGGUGGCCGGCAGCAGCAGCACCACCGAGCUAACCGCCAGCUCAUCGAUCUACGUCAACAAGACGCUCUCCAAGAGCCACCAAGAGUUCGACGGGGCCGGUGGCGCGACCCGUAAGGACGACGAUGGCUUCUUCAAGCGCAUCCUCAACUACAGCUUCAAGAAGAAGAAGCACGAAAAGGAGGAAACAGUCGGUUCGCCGAAGCGCGAGGAGAACACGAGUAGCGUCUACAUUACGCCGUCGGAGGGCGAGCCGGUAGCGGGCGAGCAGCUGAUGAAGCUAUCGCUCGUCGUCGGCGAUGCCGAUGGUGUGGGCGAGCAGCAGCUCGCCAGUGGCUACCGGAAGAUCAAGUCGGGUCCGGCCGCCCGGCAGCGUAUCUUCCCGAAGGACAUCUACGGCUCUGGCGAGGAGCAGCAGCACCAGCAUCACCAGCGGUACUCGUCGAACGUGGAGGUGAACCGCCAGUCGGUGGCGUCGUCGAGCGGUAGCGGCCACUCGCUGCUGGCGGUGGCCGGUGAGGGCGGUCGCGGGCCGCUCCACAAGAGCGAAGAGUACCUGUCGUCGGCGAAGGUGCGCAAGUUCUCGGAGCGCAGCGUCGACGAGGGUGGUGAAGGGGAUGACGAGGAGAGUGACGGGCUGCGGAAGUACGUGAGCCACGGGGAGGGCGCCCGGGUGAAGAGCGCCGGCGCCAAGGUGUACGGGCUGAGCGCGUACCAGCAGAAGCUCGCCAAGAUGUCCGUCACCCAACAGCAGCAGCAGCAGCAGCAGCAAGAGACCAGCCCGUCGAAGCGGAAGGCGGUCGAAAAGUCGAAGAGCUUCCGGACCUACACCGACAGCGUUUCGAACAACUUGCAGCAGACGGGAGGAAGUGGGGGCAGUGCGGGCAACGGAACCGCUCACGGGCACCAGCUGCCGAGCCUGCCGAACCUGAGCUCGUCGCUGUCGGUGGGUAACUUCAGCACCAACAACUUCCUCGAGACGGAGCACAAGUUCUUCAGCAUGACCGAGAACAUGAACGCGGGCAAGCAGCGGGUGUUUAAGGACUACAUCAGCAACGCUGGCGACGAUGGCGACGGCGGUGGCGGUGACGGGCGGAUGCUGCUCACGUCGAGUGCCUCGCUGCAGAAGUUCGAGAUCAACGACAACAAUCUGUUGAACCCGCGCGAAGAGUACUACGACCACCAGCCGAAGAGCAUCGUGCUGACGACCAACACGCUGACGCCGCCGGAGCCGACCAGCAGCAGCAUCCUGCACAAGUCGAACCAGAACAUCUCGCAGAUCGAGGAGACGAUCGACAAGCUGGUGUCGUCGCAGUUCGUCAGCAUCAUCCGCAGCUCGGACUCGGACGGCAGCAGCACCGAGCGGCUGGAUGACGUGGGGGGCCACGUGCCGGAGUUCAUGAAAAUCCAGCUGAACCGUGUGGAGGGGGCCACUAGCGGCCGUUCGGGACCACCGCCACCGAAACUGUCGACGAACGUCGUGCUGACCACUUCGCCGACACCGGUUCCACCGACUUCACCGGCGAUCGAUCGUAGCCCGCCGACCGAGCCGGAUAUGGUCCGGAUGCGGCGCUUCAGCAACGAGAACAUCGAGAUCACGGAGUCGAAACCUCCGUUGCCCCCGUCGGCGGUGGUAGCGGCUCGGUCCAGUCUGGACGGUGGCGGAGCAUCUCGGAGUCCGCCGGCUUUCCGCAAGCAAUCCAGCGGUGGCGGUGGCAGUGGCGACGUGCCCGGCUCGAAGCGCAACUCGAUGAAUCUCUCGCAGGAGCUGAGCGACGACCGGAAGGUGAUCCUGCAGCGGCGCACCUCGGUGACGGAGGAGAAGAUCAAGUACGAGCGCCGGAUAUCGUCGUCGUCGGAGGACAUCAAGUACGAGAAGCGCAAGUCCACCUCGGAGGAGGUGCUGGAGAAGCAGCCACGUGCUGGGCCCGCAGGUGGCGGUGGCGUGAACUCCAGCUACACCAGUGGCUCGAGCAGCGGCGACGAGCUGGUGGUGCUGCGCAAGAAGUUCGUCGUCGAUCGGGAGGGACGCCGCGAGAAGGACAGUACGCCGGAGCUGAUGAAGGUGUUUGCCAGGCGUUCGCUCAAGCUCCGUUCGGACGACGAUUACAAGGUGGUGUCGACCGGUGGCGGUCUAGAGGGCAAGUCCAUGUGUAGCAUCGACAGUGACAAGGAGAACCAGUCGAGCGAGGAGAAGCUCGACAAAGUCGGAGUGGUGAAGCACCAUCACCAGCAGCAGCAGCAACAGGAGACACCCACUUCCCUGUCGGGGCCACCAUCGUCGAACGGUUCUAUGUCGUCGACGGCGUCGGUGACCGCUGCCAAGGGAUGCCCGGAGUUGGGCAAUAAAAAUGGCGUCACGACGACUACGAUGGCGCCGGUCAGCAGUGAAUCGUCCGCCGGCGGCGAGCCGAUCGUGCGGAAGAACACGACCAGCAAACCGUUCGGCGUACCGAAUCGCUUCAGCAACCUGGCCAACGGGCAGUCGGGUCGGAACGCGACCUCCUUCAUCGAUGUCCGCAAAACGUUGCUCCCGCCCACUGGCGGACCGGGUGCCAGUGCCAACAACAACAACAACAACAACAACGGCAAAUCGGCCACCAGCAACAAUGGCGAGCCGGGUGGCGAUGGCCCACCGUCCUCCGUCAACAAUAACAACAACAACAACCAUCAUCAUCAUCACCACGCCAGCAACAACCGCCAUACGAUCGCGUCCCUGAACCAGCUCAACAGCGCCGGUGGCGGUGGUGGCGGAGUGGUGGUGAUCGCCAACAAUAAUCUGGUCCCGACGAUCGAGGCGAUCGGUGGGGGCGUCGGCGGCGGCGGGGAGAUCAACGAGUUCAAGGGGAUCCUGCAGCGGCGGGCCGAGUGGGAGAAGCGAGCGAAGGAAGGCUUCAAGUAAGGACAGUCGCCGAGCCCCCGUCGAUCGUUAGGGCACCGAACGACCCCACCGAGACAACCUUCCAGAGUGUGGUCGUCAAUCCAGAUUUCCCGGGUGCGCCCAUGAAGGACCAAACCGACGCACCGAGCCCUGCGUUCUACUGAGUAGAGUAGUUGCCCCGCAGCGAUUCUUUUAGCGAUGGACCUCUGAUCCGCUGAGGGUUGUGUUCACCGACCAGAUAGCAACGUUGCUCAAACCAGUCUCUCAGUGCCGAGCUGAGUGCCCCCUGUUAAACCCACAAUCAACCACCACUGAAAACCUGAGAAGACCUGAGAUCAUCGGUGAAAGAUCAUCCGCUGUUGGUUCGUAGAGAAGGCAGAUAGUUAUGUUCCGGUUUGUUUCAAAUUCUAAUAGGGUUAGGUAUAUCAUUGUGUAUAUGGGCGCAUCACCGGCGACCGGUUCCAAUUGUGAUAGACAAGUGUAUGUUAGUGAGAACGGAAAAUCAAAAGCACGCCACGGACAAUGGCGCGAUAAGCGCUUAUUUAAAGCUAGCUACAGUGUAGAGUGACCCACUAGGAAAGGAGCAGAGCAAAGUAAAAUAAAGAGGGCUAUAAAACCUGUUAAGGAAUUGACGUUAGUUUUUGAUGCUACGAGCAAGCAACGGACGGACUGACUGUUCCGGGAGGGACUGGAGAGGAUUCGAAGAGAUCGUUUGAAAUGGGCGAGCGAAUAAGAUGAGCGAGCCGUCAGCUAGAGGAUCUAUUUAGCGUAGUCAUUAAGCGUCCCCCGAUCGUUCUUAGAUAACUAAUCACGCAAUAACGGUUAUAACUGUAUAGCACCCGGUGUACUUGCUCCGGACCUUGCUUGUUGUCUCUGUUGCGCUGGUGUGGGGCUCAAGCUCUGUGUACAUAAAUCGUUGUUCUUCCCCCCGGGUUGACGAUUUCCCGUUCCCCUUCACCGAGUGCGCGGGGUAGUCGCGCACCUCUGACCAGUACACUCCUAUUCCAUUAUCUAAUUCCUAACGGGCGUGAGCGUUAUCGAGCGUAUCAACAGGUUUACCGUUUACGAGCGCUUAGCCGUAGCUUAGUGUAGUAUCCCCCUCCGAGGGGGCCUUCAUAUACUCUCGCUUUUACCAUUCAUUCGCUUUUACCCUGGAGCACCUAGUGUUUAAUCCGUGUGUGACUGCUCACGUGACGCGCUUCACCGCUAAAUGUUGGGAUCGAGCGAUCAAAACUCGUUAGAUAGUGUUUUCUCGAGCUGCGUAUCCUGCGACGGUAUACAGUAUAUUUUAUAGGCGACAGGGCGAAGGAACGCACCGCUGCUGCCCUUUUUGUUAUACACGUAUUUGUUUGUGGUUAAUGUUAAGGCUCCCGAUCCACGACGCUCCUAGUGGAACCGCCGGGCCGGGCCCAUUAGCGACGGUGCGACGAUUUCGUAGCUUCUCGGUGGUUAAGAUUCGGACGUAAGUUUGGCGUAAAUCAAAUCACUCUUUUUGCGAUAUCGAUGUAUAAUGUU